GCCGGCUCCCGCCGCACGGGCCCGGCCGGCCGCGCCGGGGGCCGCCGCGCUUUUUGCAGCCGCCAUGGACACCAAGCAUUUCCUGCCGCUCGACUUCUCCACCCAGGUCAACUCUUCCUCUCUCAACUCCCCAACAGGCCGGGGCUCCAUGGCCGCACCCUCUCUGCAUCCAUCUCUGGGGUCUGCCAUUGGCCCCUCGCUGGGUUCCCCUGGACAGCUGCACUCACCCAUCAGCACACUGAGCUCCCCCAUCAAUGGCAUGGGCCCGCCCUUCUCCGUCAUCAGCUCCCCCAUGGGCCCCCACUCCAUGUCGGUGCCCACCACACCCACCCUGGGCUUCGGCACUGGCAGCCCUCAGCUCAGCUCACCCAUGAACCCAGUCAGCAGCAGUAGCAAUGAGGACAUCAAGCCACCACUGGGCCUCAACGGGGUGCUCAAGGUCCCGGCCCACCCGUCGGGGAACAUGGCCUCCUUCACCAAGCACAUUUGUGCUAUCUGCGGAGACCGCUCCUCAGGCAAGCACUAUGGGGUGUAUAGCUGUGAGGGCUGCAAAGGCUUCUUCAAGCGGACAGUUCGCAAGGACCUGACCUACACAUGCCGGGACAAUAAGGACUGCCUGAUCGACAAGCGCCAGCGCAACCGGUGCCAGUACUGCCGCUACCAGAAGUGCCUGGCCAUGGGCAUGAAGCGGGAGGCGGUGCAGGAGGAACGGCAACGCGGGAAGGACCGGAAUGAGAACGAGGUGGAGUCAACGAGCAGUGCUAAUGAGGACAUGCCUGUGGAGAAGAUCCUGGAGGCCGAGUUGGCCGUGGAGCCCAAGACUGAGACGUACGUGGAGGCAAACAUGGGGCUGAACCCCAACUCGCCCAAUGACCCUGUCACCAACAUCUGCCAAGCGGCGGACAAGCAGCUUUUCACACUGGUGGAGUGGGCCAAGCGUGUCCCCCACUUCUCCGAGCUGCCCCUGGACGACCAGGUCAUCCUGCUAAGAGCAGGCUGGAACGAGCUGCUCAUCGCUUCCUUCUCGCACCGCUCCAUCGCUGUCAAAGACGGGAUCCUGCUGGCCACCGGGCUGCACGUGCACCGCAACAGCGCCCACAGUGCAGGGGUGGGCGCCAUCUUUGACAGGGUUCUUACUGAGCUAGUAUCCAAGAUGCGGGACAUGCAGAUGGACAAGACGGAGUUGGGCUGCCUGCGUGCCAUCGUCCUCUUCAAUCCCGAUUCCAAAGGACUGUCAAACCCCGCUGAGGUGGAGGCGCUGAGGGAGAAGGUGUAUGCCUCUCUAGAGGCUUACUGCAAACACAAGUACCCAGAGCAGCCCGGGAGGUUCGCCAAGUUGCUGCUGCGUCUGCCGGCCCUGCGCUCCAUUGGCCUCAAGUGCCUGGAGCACCUGUUCUUCUUCAAGCUCAUCGGGGACACGCCCAUAGACACCUUCCUCAUGGAGAUGCUGGAGGCGCCCCACCAGAUGACCUAGGCCCCCCCUCACCUGCCGGGUCUGGAUGGACGGGGCCCCGCAGAUGUGCAUCCCACGUUGAUUAAUACUACUUGUCUUUGGAUGGGCCAUUGGUCUCGGUGGGCCUCGGAGACACCAGAAAGGAGUGGGGGUCAGACCCCCAGCCUCUGACUUCCUGCGGGGGGAGCACCGAGGCUCUCGGCCUCUGCCUGCCUGGGAGAACUCUAGGAGGCGUAUCCUGUUUGCCGGGACCUACCAGUGGGGGACCCUGUGUUCCCUGCAUACGGCCCCAGACACGAGAGGUGCCUCGGUGUGGGGAGCAAUCACCCCUUUUUCCAAAGAUGACUUGGAUCUCUGCAGGUGUGGGGGCACCGAGGCACCCCACCUUUGGCUUCAGCUCCGUCCUGCCUUUGCCUCACCCUGGGAACCUGGGCUUCCCCGAGCCCCAGCCCCAGGGAGCAGGGGGCCCUUCCUGGGUGGGGGGCCCCCCACUGGUAAACCUCCAGGGUCCUCCAGGUCCUGCUCAAGGUGGAAAGGCCCUGGAGAAGCAGCAGUAGGGCCCUGGCCAGCGGUUCUGGAAGGUUCUUGGAAUCCAAAAGGCCAUGCACGUUGUCCUCAACAGGGCUGGACGCCCCUUUCAAGGUCCCAGUUCCUGAGUGAGCAAGCCUGACACUUGCCUGGCCCUGCCCAAGGGCACAGGGUGUGGGUCCCUCCCCCCAGGCACCCAUUUGCACUGACAGCUUCUCUGUCCCCUAACCAAGAGCCCAGGGGCACACCCUCCUGUCUCCAGCUGGACAGGGACACCUCGGGUUCCAGGGUUACAGAAGGUUACCCCUCCUUCCCCUCAGGCCACCUAGGCUUUGGGGUGCCCUUCCUCCAGCAGGGCCUGCUGGACUCCCCCAGCCAUACCAUGCUCUUGGAACCUGUCGGGACCCCCCAGCUGUGGAGUUGCUUGGACAGCUUUUCCCUUCGCCCUCCAAUCCCCGGUGCCUUCCACAUACCCAGGACCUGCCCAGUGGUCACCUCUGGGCUCUGCAGGAACAUGGGGACCCCGGUAGAGAGGAACUCUCAGUUGGGGGGUCGGCCGCUUCCGGGAAGCUGGUCCUCAGCCCAGAGAGCUUGGAGGCCUCAGCCCCAAUGGAAACCCUGGGCUGAUGAGAUACCACCGCACCCCACUUCUGCAGAGCUGUAGCUGGGCCUGGCUGGCCUCUUCCAUCUUUGUCAUCGUCCUCUUCAUCGUCGUUCUGCUUGCUGGGACAUCUUUAAUUUUCUAAAGAUAGU